CGAAAAGGCAUUGACUUGCUCCAGGGUCCGUACCUAGGACGUUGAUAUUUAGUGCAAACUGCAGCGCCUGCAUCUAGGAUAUGGCAUCGGUGUCCCGGAAGCUGCCGUCCAAACUAUAUGCUAUUCAAGCUCAUAGCAGCAAAGUAACAUGCCUGGACAUUGGAGAGACUGGACGAGUGCUGGUUACCGGAGGUCAAGAUCGGAACAUAAAGCUAUGGACAUUCGGUGACGAAAAGUGUUUUAUGACACUACCCGGUCACAAUUCUCCAAUCGAUUGCGUGAAAUUUGCCUACUCGGAUGACUUUGUCUACUCGGCAGACGAUACGGGAGUCAUUAAGCGUUGGAACUUAAAUGCCUCCGAUUCGAUCUCCCUGUUUGGGCACAUGAAGAGUGUUCGCACGCUAGACUUUUAUCCGUACAGUGAUUCGUACCUUGUGUCGGGUAGCAAUGACACAUCGAUACGCCUCUGGGACGUGCGGGAGAAGGUGUGCAUUAAACGCUACCGAGGUCACAUGUCACACGUUAAUUCGGUCAAAUUUUCCCCUGAUGGUUCAUGGAUUGCCUCGGCAGGUGCUGAAGGAAGUGUUAUUAUAUGGGACAUCAGAAUGAGCAAACUAUUCAUGGAGUUUACCGAACGACAGACGCCCGCAACGUGCGUAAAAUAUCAUCCCACCGAUCUGUUGAUGGCUGCCGGCCGAAGCGACGGAACGGUGGAUCUGUAUGACCUUGAGAAGCGACAGCUUAUCACACAAACACACGCGCUGCACGUUCCGGGUGCCGCCGCUGGACAACCGGUGCGUUAUAUCACCUUCGACGAGAGUGGCAAGUGUUUGUUCGUCGGCACUGGGGCCGGCAUUACGGUGGUGGGAUGGGAACCGGACCGCGAGUACGAUCGAAUCGAGUCCAACUGGUGCCAGCUGGGCGAUAUGAAGAUUGCUGGUUCAAAGCUACUGUUUGGCACAUACGAGGAAGCGUCGGUUGCAAUCCAUGCCGUGCCGUUAGGGCAGCUGCGUGCUUUCUACAACCCGCAAAGCCAAGCACACUCAUUCACCCACAACCAAAGUUCUCGCAAGAGCUUUAGCCGAGGUAGUGGCAAGGUGCGUCUUUCGAUCGGGGGAGGUGGAAGUAGCACCCGUGGUGGUGUCGGAUUCGUAUCCGAUGCGGGGCAGGAUGGGGAAACUGGCAGUGGUAAUGGUGGAGGAAUGUCGCCGAACUUGAACAUCGAAAAGAUCGACGAGGAGGACGUCACGUGCGGUAGUGUGUUUGAGUUUGAUGUACCACCUGCCAAAAGUACCCUGGACAAGGUGGGAAGUGGAAGAUUGGUGAUCGCAGGACCGUUUCCGGCAGGUCCGGUAGACAAGGUAAUUUUGUCAUCAGCUGAUUCGCUUGAAAAUAAUCAUUAUCACGUGCGCAAAGAGAUGCAGAUGUACAAUCUGACCAACGUCGACUAUUAUCCGCUACCGAAGGGAAUCGUGCCAGAGGUCGAAAAGGAAGACUUUCCCGUUAACAAUGUUCAACCACCUGACUACGCACCAAAAAGUGCUAGCCAGCCUCUGUCCGGUGGUUCGAGUUCUACGUCCAUAAACGGUAACGCUGAUGGCACCGGUAGUACUUCCAGUACUGGAAAAAGCAGCGCAACAGGUACGAACGGUCGAACUAGCAGUGUGCGUUCGAUUGCCGGUAUAGCGUUGGACCAGCGACGACCGGGUAGCAUUCAUGGUGGCGUAGGCCAUAGCCGAUCGGCGGGGAAUUUAAUUCGUCGGCUGGCCACGUCAAAAAGUACCCUUGAACUAAACAAAUUGUCCGCUGAUGAUGCGGUAACUUUCAAGAAACCGAUCAGCCGUGGUAGCUCACCCAUCAGACAUCAGAGCCACCAACCACCGUAUUACAGCAGCUGUACGGGGUCCAGUUCGAACAAAAUUCAACGUAGCGAAAGUAGUGCUCAGAUUGCGAGUCUACGCAACGGUACCAGCGGAGGCCCAGACCGUUCUACUCGACAGCAUAACGCGAACGUGAAGGUGCAAAUCGUCACCAAACCGGUUCGGUCUAAAACCUCGCUCGACAUUCGCCACCAUGGCCAACGUAACGCGAUGAGUGGACCGACGAGCGGAAUGUACGGACAGCGUGUGGCAGCCAGCAUUAAUCCGAACGCUCAGGAGGAGGUACUGACUGAUUAUCGCAGCAACAGCAACAUGGGAGUGCUAAUGCUGGAUCAACCUGGUCACGGACCACCGAUCCUUCGGUAUGACAAUUCGAGCAUAGAAUACGAAAUACAGAUGUUGCGAAACGAACACGAUACUACGCUGCAGACGCUUUGCAAUCGCUCUGCACUACUAUCUGCCAUACGGAACUACACUAAAUCGGGCGACGUAACUGGCGCGUUGAAGGUGGCAGUACGAAUGAACGAUCAGCAUAUACUUGUCGAUGUACUUGGCGCAAUAUUGGAGAAAACCUCCCAAUGGAAUCUUGAUAUGUGUGUACUGCUAUUGCCGAAGGUGUACGAUCUGCUACAGAGCGAAUAUAAAUUCCAUUGCACCCGUGCCUGCGAUACGUUACGCGUAAUACUGUCCACAUUUUUGCCCGUCAUACGGGAAAACACGGAUGCAUGGGGCGCGUGCACGAUCGGCGUCGACGUCAGUCGGGAGGAGCGUCAGAGCAAAUGUCUCGAGUGCAAGAACUGGUUGCUGCGAAUACGAAGUUUGCCAGAAAACUCUAAAGCGGGGAGUAGCUUGCAGCAGUUGCAGAACAUGAUAGUGGACAUCUGAUGG